AGAAGACGAAGAAGAAGCACUUCCUUCAGCUGCUCUGUCUGUAGUUUGUUGUUAGCUUCACAGAUUGACGUCAGGAAGCUCCUGUCAGACUCUUUCUGACCUUUAAGUUUCAGUUAAAUCGAAACAAACUGGCAGAGCUCGCUGUGUUCUCCCCACCGAGCGGGAGGGUCAGCUUCAGUUAGCCGAAAGGAUGAGCUCCUCCGCGGCUCUGCACACUCAGCUGGCCGCCGUCAUGGAGGCUCUGGUCCACGCGGCGGUGGCGGAGCUGGAGCGGCUGUCGGAGGAGGAGGAGGACUCCCUGAAGGUCCGGACCGUGACCAGCUGCUCCGGGAGCGACGACGAAGACGGGCCGCCUCCGGUGGACCACAGGCGGGAUAAGAGCCGGGAGAAGACGGUGUUGUUCGCGUCGGUCAUGGAGACUCUGGGGAACGAGGCUCUGGGGAAGCUCAUGAACAUCGUGGAUGAGGCGGGACUGCUGCUGCAGCCGGAGCCGAGGAGGAGGGGCGGCCAGAGACCCCAGACCAGCAUCCUCAACAUCCUCAACAACGCACGAGUCGAGGUCGAGCACUCGUACGGAGUCAGACCGGAGAGCUCUGAGAUACAAACCUCCUCUCAGACCAAACAGGAGGAAGCGCCAGACGAAGCGGAGAACCCGUUCGUCCCGGCGGUCACCAUUAAAGACGAACACGGGAACAUCGACCUGGGAGCCAUCGCAGAGAGAGCUCGGGUUGAAGCUGCUUCUCCGGAGGAAUCUGAGCCGCCGCAUGAGGAGGCGGGAUCAACCGAGUUUGUUCUGCAGAGCGUCACGUGGAAAUACUUCUCGUGCACGUCGUGCGGUAAAUCCUUCACGUCUCAGAGCAACCUGAAGUCGCACUACCUGAUCCACACGGGCGAGAAGCCGUUCUCCUGCGGCGUAUGCGGCAGCUCGUUCCGCCAGAAGCAGAGUCUGCAGAGCCACGCCCGGACGCACACCGGCGAGCGCCCGUACGCGUGCCCGCAGUGCGGGAAGCGUUUCUCCAAACAGACGCAGCUGAAGACGCACGCCGUCGUCCACACGGGAGAGAAACCGUUCGGCUGCGACGUGUGCGGCAACCGCUUCAACCUGCUGCAGAAUCUGCACCGCCACGCGCACACGCACACCGGCAAGAAGAUCUUUGCGUGCAACGUGUGCGGGAAAGGCUUCACCCGCGCCGUCACGCUCAAAACGCACAAGCUCAUCCACACCGGGCAGAAACCGCUAAAGUGCGAGCAGUGUCCGAAGACGUUCCGCCACGCCGUCAACCUGAAGAACCAUCAGAGGAUCCACAGCGGCCUUCGUCCGUUCAGCUGCGACCUCUGCGGGAAAACGUUCCGCCAAGCCGUGAACCUGAAGAUCCACCGCAGGAUCCACACCGGCGAGCGCCCGUUCGGCUGCGAGGAGUGCGGGAAGACGUUCGGCCAGCAGAGCAGCCUGAUCACGCACCGACGCACGCACUCCAAGGAGCGGCCGUUCUCCUGCAGCUGCUGCGACAAGGCGUUCAACAACGCCAACAGCCUGAAGCUUCACCUGCGCGUCCACACGGGCGAGAAGCCGUACGCCUGCGACGUCUGCGGGAAAACCUUCAGCCAGAGCAGCCACCUGCGGACCCACAAGAGACACAUGCACGCCGGCGGCAAACAGUACAUCUGCGACAAGUGUGGCAAGAGAUACUCGGACCAACGCAACCUGAAGAUGCACAAGUGUGUCUACGCGUGAACGAGCCAUGGCAGCCAUGUUGGAUCUGACGGGUCACAGUUUCCUAAAUCUCAGAGAAAAUCUCAAUACUUGAAUGUCAUGAGCCAACGUGUGUUUGAGGAAAAGAACUACUUUAUUUUUUUGAAUCUUGAAAAUGGUUUAACAGUUGGGAUCUGUUUGACCAAUCAGAGCUAAGCAUUGUUAAAGUGGGUGGAGCUUCUUGGUCAAGUGGUCUAAGUGGUGCUGAUCAAGCCCCUCCCAGUGAAACGCUGCACUGUGAUUGGUGAAUGUAUGAAUUAAGAAAAUGUUGAUAAAU